UCGCAACGCUUUCGAAGCAACAAAUGUCAUUGACUCGGCUUAUCGGCGCCAUUUUGUAUUCUAUUUCGUUGCGCUUCACAUAGUGGGUGGUUUUCUAUUUCGCAUCUGUUUUAAAUCUGUUUAUACGCUAAAAUCAGGAAAGAUGAGCGAAGACGGAGAAAGAUCCAAAGAUCGUUCUCGCCGGGGGGACAGACAAAGCCGGUUUGCCGAAAACUCGAGGGACCGCAGCGUGGACAGAGGCCGAGAUCGUGGAGGCUCCAAUAAAUCAUCUGUAAACAGAGUGUAUGUAUCAAAUAUACCUUAUGAAUACCGCUGGCAAGAUAUGAAAGAUCUUUUCCGUGAUCAAGUUGGUGACGUAUCGUUUGUUGAAAUGUUUGUCGAUGAUCAUGAUAAGCCUAGGGGUUGUGGUAUUGUCGAAUUUUCUGAUCCUUCUUCUGUUAAGAAAUGUCUUGAGGUUAUGCAGCGGUACGAGGUCAAGGGCCGUAAACUUGUCAUUAAAGAGGACAGUGGCAACAUGAGGGACAAGCAAGGCAAUGUCAUCGGAGGCAAGAGGUCUCGUAAUGAGGACAGGUACAGGGAGGAUAGAGAGAAGAACCGCGGUAGCGGCGGGUUAGGAAAUGCUCUUCGUCAGGAUGAUGGCAAGUGGGGCAAUACUUAUGGUCUAAGUCCACAUUUUCUUGAAUCCCUGUUUAUUGACGCUCCUCUCGUUAACAGGGUUUUUGUUGCUAAUCUGGAAUACAACGUCGACAAAAAGAAGUUGAAAGAAGUGUUUCGUCUAGCUGGUAGAGUCAUCAGGGUUGAUCUCCCUGUAGAUAAAGAAGGAAGAAGUCGCGGUUUUGCCGUGGUAGAAUUUGAUCACCCAGUGGAAGCUGUCCAAGCCAUUUCCAUGUUCCACAAUCAGGUGUUAAAUGACCGAUCCAUGACAGUUCGCAUGGAUAGGGCGAACGAAAGCUUGAAACUACCGGAAGGUUUGAAGGCCGUAGGUAUGGGUUUGGGCCAAAACGGCGAACCACUCCGCAACGUCGCUCACAACUUGCCCAACAGCGGCAACGCAGCCCAGGCUGGUUCGGGGAUUUUGGGAGCUGUACCCAACAACCCCCUCUCGGUGGCGAGCGCAUUGAGUGGAUUGAGUAAUGUGCAAGCUUUGAGCAGUUUAAACGCCGCUAAUUUGACAGGUCUGACGUCGAACUUUCUUCAGAACGGCUUAGGGGGAACCACCGACCUACAGUCGUUAAUGAACACGAAUGGUGGUAUUUUGUCGGCGGCUGCGCAAACGCAACAGCAGAUUUCCGCUUUACAAAACGCAGCUUCCAGUAACUUGGGGGGUGGCGCUGGAUUAAACCUUAAUGCUGGAACCGGUACUGGAUCGACACAGAGCGCUUUUGGAAGGGCAAGCGAUACAUACAACCCCAAUGCUCCAGUGACGUACCCUACGAAUUACGGCAGUAGCGGAAGGGGCAAUAGUUAUCAGCAAAGCAGUUUCGGAACAACAAACAAUCUGAUGAAGUCCAAUUCUGACAGCAAGAGUUUUUCAAGAAAGAUAUUAAUCUCUAAUCUCCCACCUUCGGCAUCCUUUAAACUCCUUCAGGAGAAACUAAAUGAAUUUGGCGAGGUUUCCUACUGGGAGGAGAAGGGUGCUGGCAGUUUCCUCAUUGUAUAUGGAAACGAAUGGCAGGCAGAGAGAGCUAUCAAAAACCUGGACAAAGCAAGAAUAGACGGUAGAUAUAUCGAAGCGAGAACAUAUUAUUAGAUGUAAGGUUAGUUUUUAAACGUUCGGUGGGUCUACUUGGAAACAAAUGUUCGUUUUUGUUUAAUGGCAAAGUCGUAUUUUUUUUGUAGACACAUUGUUUACAUAUUGUAAGUUUUUGGUUUUAAGAAAACUUGGUUUGAUUUUCGUAGGCGGUGUCUCACUAUAUAUUAGUAUUUAUGUCAUUUUAUAUAAUUAACCAGUCAACAAAUGUUGUGAAUAUUUAAUUGUAUUUAGAAAUAAAUAAAUACUUUGAGAUUUUA